AUGUCUCAUGGAAGCUCUGGCGCAUCACCGCUUCCUCCACUCUCGAUCAAAGCAACAGGACAAGCUGCGAGAGAUUAUAACUUUGUUGCUGCAAGAGGCCCUAUCAAAACCACCAAUGUUAUAGAAUCCAUAGGUCAUCUAGUCAAGAGUUGUCUUGGAGGGGGCGUGGUGGGUAUCCACGAGGCAUACAAAGGAUGCGGGUUGAUUUCUGCGCUCAUCUUAAACGUAUUUCUGGGUGUUUUUGUUGGAUAUUGCAUGCAGAUGUUAGUCCACAACGCACAAAUCUUGUAUGGAAGGUUACAAAUCCCCAGCAUGUCGUAUCCGGACGUCGCGGAAGCCACACUCGCCACCGGCCCAUUCGUGAAACUGAGGAGAUUUGCGAGACCCUUCAGGUACGCAGUGGACGCAACAAUAGGAAUCGACUUAUUCGGAUCCUGUUGCGUGUACAGUGUCAUCAUAUCGCGCUCGAUCAAGCAACUCCUUGAAGAAUCCAAAACGGUCGACUACAUCAACAUUCGAAUCCUCAUCGCGUGUCUUUUCAUACCCUGCAUACUUAUAUGCUGGAUCACACAGCUUAAGUACCUCGCACCGUUUUCUAUAGUAGCUGACAUCUUUCUAUUGAUCGUGGCCGUUUCCACGGUAUAUUACGGCUCGACGGCAGCAACCAAGUCUCCCGCAGAAUUUCCAGUGUUUAAGAGCUUCGAAGGUUUCCUUGAGUUCGUUGGUGUGUGUGUGUUCAGUAUGGAGGGCGUCGGAGUUUCCAUGCCGAUCGAAAACCAUAUGGCUAAUCCACAUAAGUUCCCGCUGGUGCUGUUUGGAGGAAUGGGUACCGUGGUGGGUAUUGUGAUGGUCAUCGGUUUCUUCGGCUACUGGGGUUACGGGGAAUCUUCCGUGGCUCCCAUCACGAAUAACUUCCCUUGGGCUGUAUUCCCUAUAAUUCUUAAGGUCCUCAUGGCACUCAUGAUAUACGUGACCUUCGCGCUGAACUUCUGGGUGCCGUUCGACCUGGUGUGGGUCUACCUGAAGAGGAGGCACCCUGAGAACAAGCUGUGGUUCUGGGAGAGGCUGUACAGGACCGGCAUGGUCAUCAUCAUCGUACUCAUCGCUAUUGCCUUCCCUGACGUCUCGAGUUUCAUGGGAUUUCUCGGCUGCUUCUGCCUAUCCCUCAUGGGCUUCAUAUUCCCCGCCUUCAUAGAACUGUGCGUCGUCUGGGAGGACCCUGGGCUCGGCUUCAUGAAGUGGCGACUCAUCAAGGCCUGCGCCAUUAUAAUCUUUGGCAUCUUGCUGUGCAUCAUGGGCACUAUCACUAAUGUCAAAGGUUUGAUUAAGGCGGCGAUGUCGAGUGAUAAGCAAUCGACCACGACGACCCCUGCGCCGUAA